CGCAGAAAUCUCUCCGCGUGUGUGUCAGUGUCCCUCGGGCUCUCGCGCCGGUAUUAUUGCAAAUCUCUCGCAGCGCGACUCCAAACGUUCGUUGCUCGCUAUCGUUUACGAGUUGUCAUUUCGAAGUUUUUGUGUUUACUCGUGUGUGUUUCCAUCCAAAAGUGUGUUAGAAGAAAAGUGAAAUGAAUCGCAGCGUGGCGGCGAAUUGAAUGCCAGUGUGCUCCGCUGCAGUAUAGUCCAUAUACCGCCGAUAUAAUGCGCGGCGACGCUCACAGAAAUAGCCUCGUCGGAAAAGCGGUGUGAAUCGAUAAUAGGUGAACCGAGUGCGCUCGUCGUCGUAUAGAGAGUACGUGCAGUGCCUGCAGUAUACCGCGCAUACCUCUCUAAGCAAUUUUUGAAUUAAAAAAAAGAGAGAGAAGAAGAAUAAUAAAGAAGAGGGAGAAGUUCACAAGGAGCGAGAGAAAUUCGAGACAAGGUCGUCAACAUGGUUUAUCACUGGCAGAGUCAGAAUGUCAAGGUGUCGGGCGUGGACGACAUGGUCCUGCUGCCGAAAGUCAGCGAGGACGCCAUCAUGGAAAAUUUGCGCAAACGCUACAUGGACGAUUACAUAUUCACAUGCAUCGGCCCCGUAUUGGUGUCCAUCAACCCUUUCAAACAGAUGCCGUACUUCGGAGAAAAGGAAAUUGAAAUUUACCAGGGAGCGGCGCCGUACGAAAAUCCACCCCACAUCUACGGACUCGCCGAUGAAAUGUACAGAAACAUGCUGAUCGACAACGAGAGUCAAUGCGUAAUUAUCAGCGGUGAAUCCGGAGCUGGCAAGACAGUCGCGGCGAAGUACAUAAUGUCGUACAUCGCCCGAGUCAGCGGGGGCGGCGAUCGCGUGCAGAGAGUUAAGGACGUCAUACUCGAGUCGAAUCCAUUGCUCGAAGCCUUUGGCAACGCCAAGACCGUCAGAAAUAACAACAGCAGUCGAUUUGGCAAAUACGUGGAGAUACAAUUUCAAUCGGGAGGCCAGCCGAGCGGUGGAAAAAUAUCGAAUUUCUUGCUGGAAAAAUCGAGAGUCACUUGCCACAAUCCUGGCGAACGAAAUUUCCACAUCUUUUAUCAGCUCGUGACGGGUGCCAAUUCGCAGAUGAAAGCUGAAUUCGGUUUGGUGGAUUUGGACUACUACAACUACUUGAAGAACGGAGGCAAUCACAAAGUCGACGGUACAAAUGAUGCUCGCGAUUUUCAAGAUACUCUCAAGGCUCUGAGCGUCAUGGGCAUGAAAGAAGCAGAAACGACCGAUAUUUUGAGAUUAGUCGCCGGCGUUCUUCACUUAGGAAAUAUACAAUUCAGCGAGAAAGGAAACUACUCGCAAGUCGCCGAUAAAGACUACUUGGACUUUCCUGCUUUUCUGCUUGGCAUCUCGCCAGAGCAGCUCUCGCACAAAUUGACGUCGCGCGAGUUCGAGUCGAAAUGGGGCAGUCAAUCGGAGAGCGUCGACGUGACGCUGAACGUCGAGCAGGCCCUCUACGCCAGGGACGCCCUCGCCAAGGACGUCUACGCGAGACUAUUUGAUCAUUUGGUUAAGAGGGUAAACACGGCUAUGGAAACUACGCAGGAGGCUUUCGAAAUCGGCAUCUUGGACAUUUACGGAUUCGAGAUAUUCGAAAAGAACGGCUUCGAGCAGUUCUGCAUCAACUUCGUCAACGAGAAAUUGCAGCAGAUCUUCAUCGAGCUCACGCUCAAGGCGGAACAGGAAGAGUACGUGUCGGAAAACAUUCAGUGGACGCAGAUCGACUUCUUCAACAACGCCGUCGUGGUGGACCUGUUGGAGGGUAAACGACCUCCCGGCCUGUUCCUCAUUCUCGACGACGUCUGCGCCACUCUUCACGGUGGCAGCAGCGGCGCCGAUGCCGAUCUUCAAAAGAAAUUCGCCGGUGCCGCGAGUACGCAUGCCCACUUCCAGGCGACGAGCGACGGCUUCGCGGUGCGCCACUAUGCCGGCAGCGUCGCCUACUCCGUCGAGUCGUUCUGCGACAAGAAUCGCGACGUUCUGUUCCUCGAUCUCAUCGAGCUCAUGCAGACCAGCACCAACUCCCUCGUACGCGACAUCUAUCCGAUCGAAACGGCGGCCAACGGCAAGACGCGCACGCUGAAAUCUCGACCCACGACGGCGGGCAGCAAGAUCCGCAGCCAGGCGGCGCGCCUCGUCAGCCAGCUGAUGCGCUGCACGCCCCACUACAUACGCUGCAUCAAGCCCAACGAGACCAAGCGGCCGCGCGACUGGGACGGCCAGGGCGUCAAGCACCAGGUCGAGUAUCUCGGCCUCAAGGAGAACAUCAGGGUGCGCCGCGCUGGCUUCGUCUAUCGUCGCCCGUUCGCCAAAUUCCUGCAGCGCUACGCCAUCCUCACCCGUGAGACCUGGCCCAGGUGGCAGGGCGGCGACGAGCGCCAGGGCUGCGAGUGGAUCCUCGCGAGCGCCUGCGUCGAUCGCGAUCGCUACCAGCUCGGCAGGAGCAAGCUCUUCAUCAAGGCGCCCGAGAGCCUGUUCAUGCUGGAGGAGGCGCGCGAUCGCAAGUACAACAUGUACGCGCGCGUGCUGCAGCGCGCCUUCAAGAAGUUCUUCGCGAAGAAGCGGCAAGCGGCCCAGAAGCAGGAGGCCGCGGAUCUGCUAUACGGACAGAAGCAGAGGCGCAAGGGCAGUCUGAAUCGAAACUUCGUCGGGGAUUAUAUCGGGCUGGACAUGAAGCCGAGACUGGUGUCGCUGGUGGGCAAGCGAGAGAAGAUAUUCUUCGCCGAGACGGUGAAGAAGUACGAUCGAAGGUUCAAGGCCUGCAGGAGAGAUCUGAUACUGACCGGCAAGUAUCUGUACUUGAUCGGCCGCGAGCCGAUCAAAAAGGGACCGGAAAAAGGCAAAGCCAUCGAGGUGAUCAAGAGAAAAUUGCUUUACGAGCAAAUAGGCCAGAUCUCAUUGAGCACGCUGCAGGACAAUUUCGUGGUCAUUCACACGAGAGAGGAUUACGCCAGUCUACUGGAGAUAGUUUUCAAGACGGAGUUUCUGUCCGUAUUCAAGAAGAAGUUCGCCGAGAAGAUGGGCCACUCACCCAUCAUCAAAUUUGGCAAUGCAAUCGAAUUCAAAGUGAAAAAGGAGGGCUGGGGCGGUGGCGGUACGAGAAUAGUGAAAUUCGUCCAGAACGGUUACGGCGACAUAGAGAUACUCACGCCCAGCAGCAAGCUACUCACCGUCAGCAUCGGUCCUGGCUUACCCGCUAUAUCGAAACCUGGCGUUCCGCUGACUAUACGCACGGGUUACGACGCGAACGGAGCCGCGAAUCGGGCUGUCGCAAAUGGCAAUAAUCAUCAUCAUCAUCAAAACAAUCAUCAGAGAGCACCGGCGAACUCGGUGCAACAAAGUAACGGCCAACAGCCAGCUCGAUACGCCAAUACGCCCGAUCAAGAGCCACCACAGCAGCAACAACAACAACAGCCAACGACGCAGGUGACCAACGGACGACCAAUUUUACCGAUCAACAGGCCAGUUUUUCAGCAAACCGCCGCAGCCAAUAAGAUUCAACAGACGCAACAACAGCAGCAGCAGCAGCAGCCCAACAAAUUGCAGCAAUCCGCGGGCAUACCGAUCAUGGCCGUGCUGGCCAACGCGGCCAAGCAGUCGCAGCAUCGCGGACUGAUCAAGGCGCCGCCGCCGCCGUCCGAGCCGGCCCCGCCGAAUCAGCCGACGAUCCACUCGGCUUUCAGAUUGCCGCAGCUGAAUUCCGUGGCCGCCGCGGCCGCGCUAAACGGUCAGCAUCGCUUGCAAAAUCAGCAGCAACAGAAAAUUCAGAACAACAAUAUCAAUGCCCAAAAUAACGGUCAAGACAAACCGAAUCCACGCCCAAGAAAGCCGCAAUUACCGAGUCUGCCGAAAGUCAAAGCUCUCUACGAUUACAGUCCGCAGGAUCUCGACGAGCUCGGGCUGCAGGAGGGUGACAUCGUCGAAGUGUUGAAACAACACGAAGGCGGUUGGUGGCAGGGAAGACUGAAGGGCAAGAUAGGACUGUUCCCAUCCAAUUACGUAGAAAAAAUAUGAAGUGGCUGAACGAUUGAGAGCACAUCCAAAGACGUGAAUUUAUGUGACAGCAAAGCGAACCGUGUGCCCUUCUUUGGGAUACAUCUUUUUUUUUUUACAAAUAUUUGAGAAAGGAUCGUACACGCAUUUUUCAGUUUAUUGUAUAAGGUUCUGGCAACCUUGACAUCAUGUGCACUGCCAAUAUAUUUUCUUUCAUUGUUUUUGUAUAACAUCAGAAUGUUUAACAUUUUAUUUUCUAUGGCGAUUUUUUAAAGUUUUUAUUUGAUAAUUUAUUUACACGCAUUUUCCAAAGAUUCUUUUUUUCUGUGAAAAAAAACCAAGACAUCACAUUGUUGAAAAUCGUGAAAUGUAGCGAUAUCAGGCUGCUCUAGACAUUAUUUUUUAUUGAAUGAAUUUAGAAUUUUUAUGUACAUAUUUAAGUUAAGAUUGAAAUUAAGGUGUAUUUUAACUGUAUUACCAAAAUAAAUCGAUCAAAUUGA